AUGCCUCCAGGAGGAGGAGGAGGAGGAGGAACGGGCGAACAAAGAUUCGGGAAGGACCACCCACCGGCGACUGGCCACGAGUGCCGCGACGAGGAGGCCCCAUCCCGUUCGCCGCCGACGCCGUUGCUGCCUUACCUCGCCGUCACUCCCGUCGCCUCUCAGAACAAGAAGAUGAGGCGGGAGGAUGAGCAGCAGGGGGAGGAGGAGGAGACCCCGGCGAGCUUCUUCCCGGAGGACGUUCUCGUGGAGAUCCUGUCGCGGGUGCCCUACGUCUCGCUCUUCCACUUCAAGUGCGUGUCCAAACAAUGGCUAGCCCUCUGCUCUGCCCCCGACGUCCGCAAGAGGUCGCCGCAGACCUUGUCUGGUUUCUUCUACUUCAAUUUCGGCUGGCGUUUCCACAAUUUGUCCGGGAAAAGUCCCCCCAUCGUCAACCCCAAUCUCCGUUUCCUCCGCGGCAGCUAUAAAUUUUUCAGCAUCCAACAGUGCAGCACCAGCCUUCUCCUUUGCAAAUGCUGGAGAUCCCGCCGUCCUAGGCAAUACAGUUGGAAUUCUGUCCCAAAUCCAGGACCCGGGCAAUGUUUCAAAUGGCCUGAGGCUAAGGAGUUUGAUUAUGUUGUCUGUAAUCCUGCUACUCAUGAGUGGACGGUGUUGCCUCCUAUAGAAUUGCCUGACGACCUUUCGUGUUUCAGCCUAGGCAAAUACUUCUUGAGCUUUGACCCGGCCACCCCGUCCCGCUUUGUGGUGUUUGUGCCCCUGGACACAUAUUAUGAAUAUGGCCUGUCCGUGGCCAUGAUCUACUCAUCGGAAACUGGAGGGUGGACUUCCAUGCAGAGUCAGCACAAUGAUAGCAGUGCAUAUUGGGUUAGUGAUUCAGAAAGCACCUUCCUAAAUGGCAUUAUGUAUUUCCCUACUCGAUCUUCGUCAAUAGUCACAGUGGACAUGAAAAGGAAUGCUUGGGGGGAAAUUGAAAUGCCACCUGGCAUGCCAAACAGCUAUGGUUGUGCUUCCAUUGGGCAGUCACAGGGACGUCUGCAUGUUUGGCAAGAGGAUCAAGAUGGUUGCCAACUCUCUAUUUGGGUUCUUGAGAAUUAUGAUAGUGGACAGUGGACCCUAAAGUGUACCAUUAACUGUUUUGAACUGUUUGGAAGGGAUUAUUGCAAAAACGUUGAGUACUACUCGAUGUUUGCAAUUCAUGCAGAAUGUGAUUUGAUUUUCCUUACUGAUGGAAAUGCCAAGAUAUUAUCAUAUAACAUGGAUAAUCAGAAAGUCUAUGUUAUCUGCGCUUCUGAAGAUUUCUUCAAAGGUCUGCCACGCCGCCUACUGCCUUACGUACCCUGUUUUGCAGAAUGGACAUCAAAUGGUCAGUGA